CUAAAUUUAGCUUUAUUUCAAAUAAAUUUCUUAUAAACCCCAAAAAUACAUCUCCACUUACUUAUAUUUAAUUUCAUUCAACUUAUUUGGAUUGUCAUCGCCGAUUCUAAUUUUAAUUUGCUUUUGAGCAUUCAAUUUAGGAUUCAAAAAGUCCUUUGUUUUUUCAUUCAAGUGCUCAAGUCCGAUUUGUGCAUGCAAUUUCGUCUGCUGAUCUUCCUCAUUAGCUAGAAUGUCUUUCAAUAAAUGAUAAAUUGGCAGCAAAUAAUCUUGAAACUCCAUCAAAUUUGGCAUUCCGGCGAGAAUUUGUGAAAGAACCAUUGAAGCUGCUCGUUUUGAUGGAAGGUACGGAUCAGACUUAAUAAUCACUUCCAAUUGCUGAUACAUUUCGUUGAAAAAACUGUGGACUUGAUAGCUUAAAACUUUACAAAUUGUUCCUAAAUUCGCCAAACUUGAUGUCCUAAAUUCAUUAUUCGAGUCUCUACUUCCAAUAAGGAAGCAAUUGAUGAGUUGCUGCUUAAACUUCACAGACAUUUCGCCAAGAUCCUCAGUGACUUUAAGGACAACUUCGCCAUAUUUCAGCCUUUCAUCAACUUCUAGUUCUUUAUUUUGAUAUUCAGCAAUUAAGGCAUCAACAACUUCAGUGUCGAGAACGUACGAAAGAGCAACAAGCAGUUUAAUAACAUUCAAGUAAGCAUAACUCUCAACUUCCUUCAUAUUCUGCAUGGCAACAGCUAAAAUUGUAUGUCGAUUUGCCACAGCCUGUUUGUCUCUUUUCUUCAGCAUUUUAAUCAAAUUAUCACAUCCAUAAACUUUGCAGUAAACUUCCUUUGACUUCAGCAGCAUCAUCGCGUUACUAAAUGUGAAUUCUGAUGGAUCAAUGCUUGGCACUUCCUCAUUUUUGCUGAAUAUUAUGUCAAUUUGUUCCUUAAGUUGUGGCUUCUUGAACUUUUCUUUAAGCUUUAGAAUGUCGUUCCUCAUUCGUUGCCGUUCCUUAUCAUCCCUCAAUUUAUAAAGCAGUUCCUUAUAGAUUGAGAAGAAAAUUAUCACAAUUUGUUCAUCCUCGCUGUUUGCAUGGACCAAGACAUCCUUAACAGCCUCAAGAAUCUCUUUAGGCUUCUCAUUUAGCUGCGAAUGGAGUAACUUCCAUUGAAUCAUAUCCUGAAGUGGUUCAAUUAUAGCCAAUUGCUUAUAAAAUUUAGUAUGAAGCACAUCCGUAAGUUCAUCCUCAUCUAAAUCAUAUCCUGUGAUUAUUGAAUUUCCAGCAUUUUGGACGUCACUUAAUAAAUUAAUAAAGGCAAUGAAAAUUUCGUAGAUCAGCAAGCUAUUAUUGGAGUUUUUGAGUAGCUGGAUGAAGGAUUGAGUGUCAUCGACUAAAGUUGCUGUUUCCUCGCCGAUUUGUAAGGCAUUGUUUUUGUAGACGAUUCUUGGAUGCAUUUUAAGAACUUUUGGAUCGUCUUUGAGUCUUAAGUUUCUUAUAGCUAGCUGAAGUUCCUUCCUGUCGUAGUUAUUAAGGAUAAACAGGACAAUUGAUGCUAAUUUCUCUUUUUCAGGCACAUCGGGUAAUGUUGAAUGUAAAUUGAAUAAAACGACGAUGUGGCUAUGCAGAAUUUUUGAUGGAAGUGCCACAAUUGUUGAUGUAGAGAACAGAACAUCCAGCAUACGAACAUACCCUUUAAUAUCGUCAUAUUCCAUAACAAUUGAUCCACAAAGGAGAAUUUGAGGGCUUAUUAAAUCAGCUAAUGGACCAAAGAUCCACUUAUUUAGAUGUUCAUCCAGUUCUGUUAUCUUCUUGCCGUACAACUCCUUCAAAACAUAAACACAAGCAGCGACAAUCUCAUUUUCAUUGCUGGUAAUGCACUUUUUUAAUGUCCUGAAUAUCUCAUUGACCAUUUUUUCAUAGAAAUUCUUAUACCUCAUAGCUUUCAUCAUAAUCCCAGCUAUAACGUUGUACUUCUGCCACGUCUGUGAAUCAUCAGACUUCUUCCUUAAAAACAUUUUGCAAAGCAUAUAAAACCCAUUUUCAGAACGAAUUAAUUGCAAUAAACGAGUUUGUGACUGGAUUUGGAAGUCUAUUGAUAAUCCUUGAAAUCCUCGAACCAUCAUAAUGAAUUGAAGGAACUGCUCGGUUCCAAUAAACGUUUGUAACUGGAUCAGCAUUUUAUUAGCUUCAUUUACGUCUUCUUCUGAUUUCUUCAUAGCAAUUACUGAUAGAACACCAACAAGGUAGUCAAUCUGAGAGUCAUGGAAUAAUGGAUUUGUGGCUAUAAGCUUAAUUGAGAAGAAUUUGUGGAACAUCCGAAGGCAGCUGAUUAAUUUCUCAUAUUCGCUGUCAUUUAGAUUUGUUGUAUCAUACGUCGUUCUGUUCUUCUGUUUCUUUACACAAAGUUCCAGUGCAUUGAUUUCACAUUUGUGGAUAGCUUCUAUUAAUAAAUCAACUUGACUAAAAUCCAGUGGAACUUUUUCGAAAUUUUCAAUGAUUUCAUUAAUCAAAUAGAAUAAAUAGCAAGCAAAUCUCCAUGAAAAUGGCUCUUUUGAGUAGAUACAGUUGACAUCUUUUAGAGAAUUGAUGAUUUCUUCUUCCUGUAACUGACCAUUAAGCUUAUCAAAUGCUUCCUUUUGUGUUUCUGGAUGUUUUAAAUGAAAUUUCAUAAUUUUGUGCAAUUUUGAAUGAUUACUUGAUUAAUUACCUGUAGAUUGAACAAUGGCUAAUAGUUUAAAUACUUCUUCAAGUGUAGUCAUUGUGAUCUAGCUUGUUUAAUUAAAGAAAUUCACAGAAUAUUCAAAACAAAAAUCGACUGUCGAAUCCAAGGGAUGAACACUUUAGAUAAUUUAUAAAUUGUCUAUUCUCAAUAUUCCAGAAGUGUAGAAUAAUUUUCAAUAAAGCAAGACGUCUUAACAAUCAAUCUAGAUCAUUUGCUACAGCAUCUGAUACAUCCAGUAAGGAGAAUCCACAAUUUUACCAAUUCUUGACUGAGUAUUCACACCUUGUAAAAACAUAAACAAACGCACAUUUUCAUCAACAAAAAAUUAAAAUCAUUAAAUAAGUAGCCUUACAGAUUGAAACAUGACACUGCCAAGUCCAUUUGCAUCACAAAAUCCAGUCAGUUCAAUUCCGACACAAAAUAAGCAGCAACAAAACAAAUUUCAGCCAAAAAACAGUCAAAACUCACAAUUUCAACAGCAUUCAGGACAACAACAUAGUCAGUUCCAUCAGAACUCAAAUAAGGAACAUCCAGCACAGAGGAAUUUCAUUAGUUUCUGUAAAUAUUGUCAGGAAGGAUUUAGCAAUGAUACAGAACUGUUUCAGCAUCGUCGAUCUCAUGCUAAAUGUCCAUACGAUGAUUGCAAGUUCAAUGCAAAUGAUGCAACAAUAGCAAUUCACAUCCAGAAAGUUCAUUUAAAGCAGAGUGGCUUAGUUAAGAUCCAAGACUUGUCAACGCCUGAACAGAUUGAAAAAUGGAGAGAAGAAAGACGUAAAAGAUAUCCAACAACACAGAAUGUCAUUAUGAGACAGCAAAUACAAGAGGAAAGACAGAAAAGAGGUGAAAGGCUGAAUGAAUCGAAGAAAAGAUUUGGUGAUGGUCAACAGAAAGAUUUUGUUCAGAAUUUGGGGAAGCGACAGCAUGAUAAUAAGAAGAACCAUAAUAACAGACCCAAUAGAAACAAUGACAGGUGCCAAAAGUUCCAAAAACGUUCAGAAAAUGAAAAAUCUGAAGUAAAAGAUCCAGUAACAACUGAAAUUAAACCAGUUGAAGACAUAAAGCCUAAAAGGACUGAAAAUUUCAAGCAUCCAGCACUUCCACAAGCUGUCAAGAAGCAAAAAGUAUCUAAUGAAGGCUCAUCGGACGAAGAAGAAACUCAAUUAACGCCAAAAUUUCAAGGAACAUGCAAAAUGAAAGAUUAUCAUACAGUUGAGUCAAGUGUAAAGGAAAAGCCAGCAUUGUCACUUCUAGGAAUGUAUGGAUCUGAUUCUGAGGAUGAAAAUAGCAACGGCAGUGAUAUGGAAGUGGGAAGUUCUGUGAAGGAAGCUGUAAACCUCGAAAAUCAAAAUUUGGAAGCUGUUAAUGUGGAAAAUUUGAGUUUACAGCCACAAAUCGACAGUCCACAAGCUACAGACAGUGUUGAAAUAGAUGAAAAUGAAGCAGAAUGUCCAGAUAAUGAGGAAGAGCCACAAGAAGUCAAUGACAACGAUUCAGGACCAGAGGAGCUUCCAACAGUCAAAGAAAUCGAAGCUGAUGAGCCAUCAACAUCCACAAAUCUUCACCAAAGAACCAGAAAGAGGAAACGGAAUGAUGAGAAGAAGGAACCUAAGAAAAUCAUCAGACGCAGUGGAAUUGACUACUCAAAACUCAGGAAUCGAUCAAUUAAUCCGUUCCUUGAAAAGCUCCUCGAACGUGACAUCGUCCAUGAACGGAAUAUCUUGCUGCAAUGUGUAAAUUUUGUUGUUAAUAACAAUUUCUUUGGAAUAGUCCAAAGUACUGAAAAGUCAGGCACAGAUGUUAUAUCCGAAAAUAAUUAAAUUUAUAAUAAACUUAAAGUUACAGAAUUAAAAUUAUUAUUGUGGUAAAUUCGCUGUUGGAACUGGCGCAGGAGGCGCUACAAUGCUAACUUGUCCUUGCUUCUUUGCAUACUUAUUUUGACAAUCUUCCAGUUCUUUUACUCGAGCCUUAACAUUAUUAAGUCUCUGCCAUGCCAUUUGAAGAUUCUUAGCACUCGCAUAUCCACUUCCUUCAUGAGCAUGAGUUGUUGACACUUGCUGUAGAUAAUUAAUUUGAUCACUUAAUUUAUUCUCGAUGCUGUUUAGGGAUUUAAGGAACUGUGAUGCAUGAUUCUCAGCAUUCUUUUGACUCGGCUUUUCUUUUGAUAGUUCUUGAAGUGCAUUUCCAGCACUUUGUAUGCACAGGACAAUCUCUUUUUCAAUUGCAUCUAGUGCUUGGAUCUUUUCUAGUGGAUUUGUCAUUGUUGCUUAUUUAUUAACUUGUGUAGAUUGUGGCGAAUUUAAUUAAAUUUGAUUGUAGCUGGAUUUAUUUUUUGUUUACUUUUUUUAACUUGAUCCGUG